AUGCCAUACAGUCAUGAUCCAGUGAUCGGAACAAAUCAUAUUUUUAAGAAAUGUGUCUAUUUUUUCAGAGCGACAUCUAAAGUUACUUGUGGCGGAGAAUUGAAGUAUCUUUUCUCGUGUGUCGACGAAGAUGAUUGGCCAUGCCUGGUCAAAAAUAAAGAGGGAGAAUUUGACGACUUGCCUGACAGCGAAAGUCCUGAACUCAGGAUUAAAGCUAACAGAUUUGAAUCCAACAAAACGUAAGAAUAGAUUUUAUACACAGUUUGAAAUGGUCGCUAAAUUUAACAUCAGGUCCUAUAUCAAUGUGUAUUAAUAAUUGUGAAACUCAUUAAGGCGAAGGAGUUUGUAUAUACAAAAUCAAGUUGAUACAAAAUCAAGCUGAUUUACAUGAACUUUAAGUUCAAUUUUCUUAUCAAAUAUCAUAAUAAUUUCAAGUUGUUGAAGAAUACGAAUGUUCUCUUCAAGACGUUUCACAAUACAUAUAUCUUUGUGUUUUGAUAAUAUAAAAACAGGUGUUUAAUAUGUUGGCAAAUUAUGUGCAAAAACAGAAUGUAAUACUUGAUCACUGAAAUAUUUUAAGACUUUAAAAGAAUGACUUUAUUAUUUUAAUUUUUUUCUCAGUCACCGCGAGGUUUCUAUUUGGCAAGUAUUUGGUGGCCACCCCUGUCGUUCAAAGCUGGGUUAGCUUAACCCCAGGUUCCCCUAAAAAUCAAAGCAAACAUCCCACCAGCGUGUUUAUAAAUUUGAAAAUAUUUCUUUGGAAACCUUGUCUGAAUCAGAUCAGAAUUUUCUUCUCUGAAGUUUUGAAAUAAACAGACGUGCAGAAAUACAGACACUGUUGGCGCUAUCCAGCUUUGAACCGGCACCAGUGAUGAAAAAUCGUAUUUCUAUUUUUAGCUACACGUUUACGCUUGGAGUGUUCAAAGGCACACAGAACGUUACAGCGUCAGUCAGAGUGAAGAUUUCCCCAGGGACUCCUCCCACAGUGCAAAUUAAGAAACCCAAGGAUGGUGUUAAGCCUGUGGUCCGUGUUCGCAUUAAGUCAUCCAGGAGUGGUACCACAUCGUUCAACUGUGAAGGCGUGGUCGAGGAGGGUUAG